AUGGCUGCUAUCGAGACUAACCCACCACUUCACUCCGAGGUUCCCGCUGAAGUUGCUGUGACAGCUGCUAAUGAACCAGAAAAAGUGAGACUUCUUUCCAGAAUCCAAAAAUAUUCGUUGGUCCAUGGAACCAGAGCGGUAGUUCAAACAGUACCAGGAACUUCGUGGGCUACCGGGAUCGUUUCUCUGGUAUAUGAACCAUUGAGAAACAGCUUUCUCUUGAGAUACGCCAUGGAUACAAGUGACAUGAUUUUGGUUGGAUUGUUGGACCAAUGUGACGGAUUGGUUGGAGUUCUUGGAACUAGAGAGGAGCCUACUGCUGCAAAUGAACCUGUUCAAGAUGCUCAGGCGGGUGCUGAAGCGGCUCCUGAGGCUGGUGAAGCUGGUGCUGAGGCAGGUCCUUCAGAUGUGCAAUCUCGGCUCGACAAACCGGCCAACGAUGGCUCGUUUCUCAAUCGUCUUGGACUGAACGCCAGAGACCAAUUCCGCUAUGUGGUCUACGACAAUGAUGGGGGUCGUUUUUUCGCUGGUCCGGCAGAUUUAGUGUUUGGGGGGAUUAACAGAGGCGUGGAAAGCUUUGUGUCAAACCACUGGCCCCAAACCAAAUUUCCUGAAAACUACAAUGGGGAAUUUGCCAAGCUGAUGAUGUUGUUGCGGACCAUUUUGCACCGUGAUUAUGCCGUGGAACCCGCUAACAACCAGGUGGCCGACAACUAG